CCCGCUACCAUUCCAAGCACAUAUUCCCGCGGGCAUCCUGCCACCUAACCGCCUACCUUGCACUGCAAUUCAUCCCCCAUUCAGCAAACCCAAAAUAGUGGAGCAGCCAGCUAUCCGAGCAACCCCGAUCUGAGUCCUGUUGCAUACAUACGGAUACGGCGUAGCCGGAUACAGCUAGCUAGCUGCAGGCGCCAUGAUGGGGGUGAGGGUGUGCAAUGGAAAGGCCGUGGCGGCGCUGGCUGCGGUGUUUGUCAUCUGCGCCGGCAGCGGCCUUGUGGUCUCGCCGGCGGCGGCGAGCGGGCACGAGGAGGCCCACCUGGUGCCGGCGGUGUACGUGUUCGGCGACUCCACGGUGGACGUGGGCAACAACCAGUACCUGCCGGGGAACGCCGCGCUGCAGCUCCCCUACGGCAUCGACUUCCCGCAGUCGCGGCCCACCGGGAGGUUCAGCAACGGAUUCAACGUCGCCGACUCCAUCUCGAGGCUGCUGGGCUUCAAGAGGAGCCCGCCGGCGUACCUGUCGCUGACGCCGGAGACGAGCCGUCAGAUCAUCAGAGGCUACCGUGGCGUCAACUACGCCUCCGGCGGAUCCGGCAUUCUCGACACCACCGGGAACACCCUCACGUUGACCAAGCAGGUGGAGUACUUCGCGGCCACCAAGUCAAAGAUGACGGAAAAGAGCCGUGGCAUCGACGCGCUGCUGUCCAAGUCCCUCUUCCUCAUAAGCGACGGCGGCAACGACUUCUUCGCCUUCCUCCGCCAGAACCUGACGGCCAGCGACGCGCCGUCCUUCUACGCGGACAUGCUGACCAACUACACCAAGCACGUGCAGACGCUGUACCAGCUGGGAGCGCGGCGGUUCGGGAUCGUCGACGUGCCGCCCAUCGGCUGCGUGCCGGCGGUGCGGGUCACCUCCCCGAACGGCGAGACCGAGUGCGUCGAAGCCGCCAACGCCCUCGCCAGGGGGUUCAACGACGCGCUGGGGAAGGUGAUGGCCAAGCUCGCCGCCGCGCUGCCCGGGAUGAAGUACUCCGUGGGGAGCUCCUACAACCUUAUAACGUUUAUCACGGAGCACCCGGAGGCCGCCGGGUUCAAGGACGUUGCCAGCGCGUGCUGCGGCGGCGGGAGGCUCCGGGCGCAGACCUGGUGCGGGCCCAACGCCACCUACUGCGCCAACCGCAACGACCAUGUCUACUGGGACGAGGUGCACGGCACCCAGGCCACCUCCACCAAGGGCGCCAAGGCCAUCUUCGCCGCCCCGGUGAAGCUCGGCUUUGCCGCGCCCGUCAACUUCAAGCAGCUGAUUUCUUCUUGAUCGGCGAUCGAGGCAUUGCAGCGCACGGUCACGAUUUGUCGUCAGCUCUUAAUUUAGUUGUCAGUGUUCACUGUUUGAUAGAGGGAGGGAAAAGAUGUCCUACACUUUUUGAUUCUUUUGUAGAUCCGUGGAGAUGCAAUAGAAUCAUAGAGAAGGUGUCGUGA